GAAACACUCACACACACCUACACUGAGUUGUUUUCCCGAAAUACAGAAGCCAUGCUGUCUACUAUACUUCUAGGAGUGCUGGUUAUUCUUGUGCUAUAUAUCUUAUCUACAUGGAGAAAGACGCAGAAUCUACCCCCUGGGCCAACCCCAUGGCCCAUUAUUGGGAACAUACACCAGAUUAAUAAACUGGCCCCCUAUGAAACAUUAACACAGCUGGGGAAGAAGUAUGGAGACGUCUACACAAUCUAUUUUGGCUGGAAGCCGGUAGUGGUUCUCUAUGGGUAUGACACCCUGAAGGAUGCCCUUCUUGGGCAAGCAGAUGAUUUCAGCGGAAGAGCAAUUGUCCCAGUUUUCGAAAAGAUUGCAAAUAGAAAAGGACUGGUCUUUUCGAAUGGACCUCAUUGGCAUCAGCAAAGACGCUUCACCCUGUUAACACUGCGCGACCUUGGGAUGGGUAAACGAAGCAUUGAGGAGCGUGUGAAGGAGGAAGCCAGGUUUCUGUGGCAGUUCGUUGAGAAACAGAAAGGAAAACCCUUUAAUCCGGCACCACAAGUAACAGCUGCGGUUUCCAACGUGAUCUGCUCCACUGUGUUUGGAGAGCGCUUUGACACCGAAGAUGAGCAAUUCCAGAAACUGCUCCGUAUGAUCAAUGAGAACAUCUCUUUCUUGGGAAAACGUGGAUUUCAGAUGUACAACACUUACCCAAGCAUCCUAAAGUGGCUUCCGGGCGAACAUAACAAAAUCUUCCAAAAUGCGUCGGAUCUGCAAGGAUUUCUGAAAAUACUACUAGAGAACCACAAACUGUUACGUGACCCCAACUGUCCUGGGGAUUUUGUGGACGCCUUUCUAAAUAAAAUAGACGAGGAAGCUGGCAACCCUGAUUCCCAUUUUACCAUGGAGAGCCUGGUAUGCACAACCUUUAACCUGUUUAUUGCUGGGACCGAAACAACAGCCUCUACAAUCCGCUGGGCGCUGAGGUUAAUGUUGCUGUAUCCAGAAAUUCAAAAGAAAGUUCAGAAUGAAAUUGACAGUGUCCUGGGGUCAGAGAAAUGCCCUUCCUUGGAGGAUCGAGUGCAUCUUCCGUACACCGAUGCUGUGCUCCACGAAGUACAGAGGUUUGCCAGUAUUGUGCCCAACGGCCUCCCCCAUGAGGCCCUGACUGAUAUCAGUUUCAAAGGAUAUACCAUUCCAAAGGGCACCCAGAUCGUCACCUUCCUGCACUCUGCCCUGUACGACAAAAAAUACUUUGAAAACCCUGACCGGUUUAAUCCUGACCGAUUUCUGAAUGAAAAUGGCAAAUUUGUAAAAAACGAGGCUCUACUCGUCUUUGGAGCAGGUAAAAGACAGUGCAUUGGAGAAUCGCUCGCAAAAACAGAAAUCUUCAUUUUCUUCGUCAGUCUUCUGCAGAAAUUCAAUCUGAAAUACCCUCCAGGAGAGGACAGCCCUCUGGAACUGGCUGGUGGAGGAACACGUGCUCCCAAACCGUACAAUUUAUGUGCUGAAUGGCGUAUUUAAAAGGACACUCUGAGUACCAAAACAACUUUAAAGCAUUCACUAGGUUUCGACCUAUUUAAUAUGCUGUAUUUUUGUAUGCUCAAAUACGGUUAGUGUUUUUUAAAAUGAAAUAAAAGUAUUGCAUUAUAAGCCUACCCCCUUAGCCACUCUCCCCAUUCUGACAUACAUCCUGCCUUAUCCCAAUAGCUCGGCCACUGACAGCACUGGUCGCUGAGCUGCAGGGAGACCAGCAGCCUGUGUGACCAGAAGAGGACACACAGACAGACAUGCAGUAAGCAUAUCUCUACAUGCCAGUCUGUCCCACAUUUG